CGUGAGUCCCUAGGCGCAUGGCGGCGCCCGUGUUGUUUUGUACUGCUGCCAACGCUAGCACGCAUGCGGCGUUGGUCUUUAUUCUAUGUGCGGCGUCUGUUCGAGCGUGUUCUUAAGCUUUCCGACGUUAUAAAACAUUCCGUGGUUAGAAAUGUGAUCUGAUGAAAUUGCGAAUUGAAGGUUAUUCUCAGAAAAAGAUGGCCGAAGGGAACCUCAACGACCACAACGCGGAGGCCCACCGCAGAAUGAUAGAAGUUGAGAAGGUUAUUGCAGCGUUUGAAACGUGUUCUGCCGGAGGUUACUCCAAGGAAACGAUUCGCCAGAACGUGGAAUACCUCCGUAAAGUGAUAGAACUUAAGAAAGUAGAAGCCGUGGCUCAUAUCGAUAAAGAGCUCUUCCAGUUGCGCGACGAGCUUGUUCGCAAAGUUGACUUUGCAUGCAAGCAGAAACAAGAUAAAUUGAGCGAUGUAGACUGGAAAGUACAGCUCAACAGACAGACAGCCGAGGCUUUGAAGAUAUUCCAUGCUAACCGCUUGCGGUCACUGUUGACAUUGGAAGUGAGACGCGUGGAGGGCUUCAGAUGCGAGUCCUUUGCUUACAUCCGCGCCUGUGACGCCGUACCACAGAGGAUGAGCUUCAUCGAAAAUUAUGAGAUGCAUAAGUACCAUGUCGGAAGUAAUGUCAUAAUGUACUACAUGUGUCAGAUGGGCUAUGUUCCUGAGCUUAUUCACUACUCCAAAGCUUCCGCUAAUCAUGAAGCAGGCGACGAAGAGGUAGCGAUAUCAAAUAUCGAUCUUCUGAAUGGCGUGUACCAAUUGGAGUUUGUUGCAGGCAGGGAAGGAGCCUACGACGUCCAGGUGACCCUGUUUGGCCAGCACAUUAAUGGAAGUCCACUUAAAAUAACUGUUCAAGGUGCAGUGGCACAUAAGGGGCGGCAUAAACUUGAAUCUGCACACACCGAAAGGCAAGACCUAAGCAUGGUAGCUGGCGUCACCGCUGCAGCAGAGGUCAUGAACAUUGGAAGUGCCCAUGUGUCAAAUGCCACAGGUCAGGAGAAGCUAGAACCGGUUGUUACAAAAGAAUUGCAAAUGCCUCUUGAUGCUGCUAAAGGGCAUUGCAAGGAGCUUGUCACGACACAUGCAAAUGACCUGCCCAGCGAAAUUCAGCAGCCGUUUGUACAAAGCUUAUUAUCAUCAGCGAUAGAACCGAGCCUCUCUGACCCUUCUGGCAAGAGUUCAGAACCACCACCUAACGAUGUUCUGAGCAAGUUCUUCUCGCACAUUGAGCUCCCUCGUCGACAGACAGCUGUAACAAAGCAUGAUGCACUGAGCAGUCAGAACAGUGCUUUAAGUGGAUCGUCGCUGGGUUCAGCAAGCUACAGCAGCCUACGUUCUUCCAAACCUCUACAAUCUGUUGACGACGUCGCCAAAAGCGAAAACACUUUCUUCACUGGUUCAUCUCAGCCUGUUGGCAAGCCUGUUAGCAAGCCUGGCACAGCGGCUCCACUAACCGAUGGUGGAAAAAGCAUGGGAGACCCCCUGAAGCCAACCUAUGUUGUGACAACCGUGGCACCUGACUCGUCAACAAAGAGGUCAACUGCUUGCUCGAAAGUGUCACCUUCAACUCACAAGAAAGAGCCUGUUGGUUUUUCAGGAACCAUCACUGCCAAGCUGACUCUUGAAUUUGACACCUACAGGAGCUCCAAGUUUGCCUUUCCAAUAGGCGUUACAGCUACACCGUCAGGAAAUAUCAUCAUUGCCGACACUUCCCAGGACAGAGUUUUGACAUUUGACCCUGAAGGAAGGGCUCUUCACAAAGCCAUCUUUUCUGGCUCAUCGGACUCAUUCCGCCGACCCUCUGCGGUUGUGGCUCUCCACGAUGAGUCGUAUGCUGUAAAGGAUGAUCGUUGCAUCUACGUGUUCUCCAAGAAUGGAGAGUUCAUCCGCUCCCUAGGAAAACACAGCCUUUGCAAGCCUUAUGGUCUGGCAGCUCAAGGGGAAAAUUUGUUCACCAUCUCCCUUGGUGAUGCUGUUCCAACAUUGCGAUGCUUCAGUGCAUCAGGGAACUUCGAGCAGUGUGUGGCGUACGGGCCGCUUUUGCCAUCGACGCCUGCUGGCUCCAAGUGCCGCUUUAUGGAUGUGCACAAUGGCCACAUCUUUGUCUCUGACCUAGGUUUGAGCUGCAUGUACAAGACUGACAUGAAGGGGAUGCUGGUGUCUACUUUCGGCAUCAAGGGCAAGGAUUGUGGCCAGAUGAUCGAGCCAUCUGGUGUGAGUGCUACGGACCGCUGUGUUUUUAUUGGAGACAGCAAGAACAACCGUGUGCAGGCAUUUGAUGCUAAUGGGAAUUUCAUCACAGUGGUGAAGAUGGCCUCGGGGAUCAUCAGACCUUCAGGAGUUUAUGUGUCUGAGAAGGACAAACUUUACGUCCUAAACUACUUGCAUGGUGUGGUUGGAGUGUACAAGCUUAACUUUAAUGAGGUUACACCUUAAUGGGGAGGUGUGAGGCGUUUGCCCCUUCAACUAGCCCAGCUGCUUUCUGAUAAUUUUUCCUUUUUUAAGAGGUAAGAAAAAGGAGUGGCUUCAAAACUAAAUGCAGUGCACUGACAUAAGGCUGUCAUUUCACACUCUAAAUGUUUGUUGUUGUUUUAAAAAAUUUAUAAUAGUCAUUAGACGAAUCAGGUGUACCUGAAUGCUGUGUGCCUGCUGUUAGCAGCUUGAUGUGAUAGUUGUUAUUUAAAUGUGUAAGCUUUGCCCCAAGUGUCUUGUUAUAUAAUAGUCAUUAGAUGAAUCAGGUGUACCUGAAUGCUGUGUGCCUGCUGUAAGCAGCUUGAUGUGAUAGUUGUUAUUUAAAUGUGUAAGCUUUGCCCCGAGUGCCUUGUUAUAUCAUACUCAUUAGAUGAAUCAGGUGUACCUGAAUGCUGUGUCCCUGCUGUAAGCAGCUUGAUGUGAUAGUUGUUAUUUAAAUGUGUAAGCUUUGCCCUGAGUGCCUUGUUUAUAAUGUGUUGCAGUUUGGUUUGGAGUGAUAGUUAUAUAAUUAUGCAUGUUUUGUCCUAGCUAUGUGACCAGUGCCUUACUUGUAAUAUAUGUUGUGUGUUUGUAUGCAUUUGUCUUUCAGAAAAUUGUUAUAAUUUAUGUGCAUUGAGAGUAUGCCAUCCCGACUUUUUUUACAUUUUGUCUCUCAAGGUAUCCACGUCACUCUAGUCAGAUUCAUCAUCAUGUGUUCUCUGUUUGUUUUACUGAAAAAUAAAACCAUCAAAAAUUGAA